AUGGCUGGAGAACAAAUGAAGUACCCAUAUUCUCUGGCUGCAAAAUUUAGACGAUUUCCAUUUCAUCAUUAUUUCUUUGUAUCCAAGCAUGGUUGGUUAUUACGAUAUUGGACACUUGGCAUAUUAAUUUGUUUACCUAUUUACUAUAAAAUCCAAAAAGCAAGUAAGUACAAUGAGUUUGAGAACCUCAUUUGAAAUUGUUUAUAUAUUCAUGCUUAUAGACAUAGUAGAGACAUUAGUGUGACUAAUAUCUUUUUGUUUUUACAUUACAGGUUUUAAUCCAGCAAAUGUGGAAAAGUGGAGAAAAAUUCACGAAAAACAAUUCUCUGGAGAAAUGCAUCAUUAA